AUGUGCCCACCUCACCCCUGCUACUCAACGGGCCUGACGGCCAUCUCGGCGCAGAUCGCCGUGGUGCCGCUUGGCCGGCUGAUGGCGGCGGCGCUCCCCGAGCGCGCCUUCCUCCGGGGCACGCGGUGGGAGUUCUCGCUCAACCCGGGUCCCUUCAACGUGAAGGAGCAUGUGCUCAUCACCAUCUUCGCCAACUCCGGCGCCGGCACCGUCUACGCCAUCCACGUCAUCACCGCCGUCCGCGUCUUCUACGGCAAGCACAUCUCCUUCUUCGUCUCCCUCCUCGUCGUCCUCACCACCCAGGUGCUGGGGUUCGGGUGGGCGGGAAUAUUCCUGCGGUAUCUGGUGGAGCCGGCGGCGAUGUGGUGGCCGUCCAACCUCGUCCAGGUCUCCCUGUUCAGGUACCUACUUACCCGGCCCUUCUCUAGUAUUCAAGUAGCUCUCAACUACUGCUAG